CGAUAGACUGCUAUGAAGCCCGUUUCUCCUUAUAGCUGUGCAUGCAAGACUGCUGUAGAGAUGCUGUGAGAUAGAAGCAUAUCAUUGAGUCAGAAAGAGGUUUAUAAACCGCCCUGCAAAGUCGACACCAGAGCUCGCGCGACGAUGUCUCGGACCUUGUGGAAGCGGUUCUCCUCUACCAUCACAACGAGACCAGGCCCACCUAAAGCGCACCACCACGCUCCUCUACCCGACUCUUCGUUUCCCAAAGGCUAUCUCGCGACAGGCGUACACUGCGGGAUCAAGAAAAAUGCACAAGUGCUAGACCUCGGUAUCAUUCUCUCUACCCGCCCUGCGUCGGCCGCGGCGUGCUUCACCCGGAACGCGUUCCAAGCUGCUCCUGUCGUAGUCUCGCAGGAGGUGCUCCAGAAGAAUGGGGGGAAGGCGAGAGCGAUUGUGGUCAACAGCGGGUGCGCGAACGCGGUGACGGGCAAACAGGGACUGGACGAUGCGUGGGCGAUGGUGAAGACCACUGACACCCUGCUCGACCCUCAACCGGAUGCUGGGCGGAAUGAAACUCUGGUAAUGUCGACAGGCGUGAUCGGGCAGACCCUGCCCAUAUCGAAGAUCAUCGAGGGCAUCAAGUCUCAGGCUUCCAAGCUGGGGACGGGCUUUGCAGCAUGGGAGCGCGCUGCUCGCGCGUUCAUGACGACGGAUACAUUCCCGAAGCUGCGCUCGCGGGUGUUCACGAUCAAGGGGCGGGAGUACCGCAUGGCAGGGAUUGACAAGGGUGCGGGGAUGAUCCACCCCGACAUGGGUCCGCCGUCUGGGACAGGCCAAUUGCAUGCGACGCUGCUGGGGUGCAUCGUCACGGACGCGGCGGUCUCACCUAGGAGCUUGCAGAAUGCUUUGGCGUAUGCCGUCGACCGGAGCUUCAACUCGAUUAGCGUCGACGGAGAUAUGUCGACGAAUGAUACGAUCAUUGUAUUGGCUAAUGGAGCAGCUGUUGAAGGGACGAAAGCAGAAGAGAUUGACGAAGAGCGGCAUCCAGACGCGUACGAGGCGUUCAAGCAGGAGCUGACCUCGUUUGCAAUCGACCUCGCCAAGUUAGUCGUCAGAGACGGUGAGGGAGCCACAAAAUUCGUUACGGUCACUGUCGAGGGCGCGCCAACAUACUCUGACGCGCACAAAAUAGCGUCUCGUAUAUCCACUUCAGCCCUAGUCAAGACAGCUCUGUAUGGUGAAGACGCCAACUGGGGCCGCAUCCUUGCUGCCACCGGUUCUGUCCCCCUCUCCUCCCCCUUAGACCCAAAACGCGUCAGCGUCUCCUUUAUACCCUCAGACGGAUCCGCCUCUCUCCCGGUACUCGUCAAUGGUGAGCCUGAGAAGGUAGACGAAGUGCGGGCAAAGCAGAUCCUCAGCGCUGAAGACUUUGAGAUGCGCGUCCAAUUGGGCCUGGGGAGCGAGAGUGCACAGUACUACACGUGCGAUCUGAGCUAUGAGUACGUGCGGAUCAACGGCGAUUAUAGAAGUUAGACUUGUUUCCCGGAAGCUGAGCGCAGUUCUUGCUUGUAAUAGAUCGGAAAUGCUUUCUGCCCGAGAAGAACACAUUCUGUCUGCCAGCACACUGCUCGUUAGAUUCCUUGAAAUCUCGACAAAACAAAACGAUUGCAAGUAGUGGAUAUCAAUGUAGAAGUCCAUUAGUCCGGGGGUAUGCAUGAGAUAAAGCAGCGUCCACCACUUCUCGCGAGUUAAUAUGCUUAGAGGUAUACUAUAUCACUCCCACACCAGCUUCCCCUUCUCAUCCACCGCCGCGCUCAUCCCCCCGCUCGGCUUCUUGCCCUUGCUGGCGUUGAACUGCUCCGCCAUCCUUAUUCUCUCCAGCUCGCGCUUGUGCUUCGCCAGCGCUGCCUGGCGCUCGGCUUCCGCUUGCACCUUUGCAGCACGCUCGGCCUCCUUCCGCGCAGCAUUCUGCCGCUGCUUCUUAGUGAGCGUUUCGGGCGCUUUGAAUUCGCUCGUAGCUGGAGGGGUUGCUUUGCGUCUCGAGCGACUCUUGACGACGCCCCAACCACCGUCGUCCUCCCCGUCCGCGUCGUCUCCUACGUUGACAUCCUCGUAGUCGGCCCAUGAGAACCCGGCCGCGGGUUGUUCGCCUGGCUGAGGCUGGACACGCAUGACGCGCGCCACGCCUGGGUAGUCAGGCGUUUCUGUCAUAUCUUCGACUCCCGUCUUUCGAGGCUUUGGAAGCAUCUUCUCAGCAAACGUCUUCCUGUUCACCUCUUCUGCCUCCUCUUCCGAGCGAUCGCCCACGGACGAGGCGGCGAGUCCCGCAUCACUCGUGUGCUCUGCGGACGGCGCGGCAUCUGACGCCUCCUUCCUCCGCCUUGAAUUCACCUGUGUCCAGGAGCUAUCCGUGUCCACGGAAAGGGUUUCCUUCUGCUCGG